AAGUCCAUUGGGUUCGCGAGAGAGGGAAAAGAAAGUGGAAUUUUAAGUGCUCCCCUAGCUCGAAAGAAUUUGCUAAAACCCUAAAAACUUACGAGUUUCUUCCUAUUGCAACUAUUCAAGUUCGAUAGACCGAACAACAAUAACCUACGAGUUACUUCCUACUGCACCUGUUCAAGUUCGAUAGACCGGACUACAAUGGCGACUGCCCCAUUGGACGAAGAAACGUCAAAGAAAGUCCUUCGCCAGGUUGAGUUCUACUUCAGUGAUAGCAAUCUUCCUAGGGAUAAUUUUCUUAAGAAAUCGGUGAGCGAGAGCGAAGAUGGCAUGGUUAGUUUGGCAUUAAUAUGUUCUUUCUCUCGGAUGAGAAGCCAUCUCGGUUUGGGUGAUUUAAAGCCGGACGACGUGUCGGAAGAGACGGUGAGGGCCGUCGCUCAAACUCUAAGAAAUUCUGCUUCCCUUAAAGUUUCUGAGGAUGGAAAGAAGGUUGGCAGGAGUACUGAACUAUUAAAACCAGAAGAGGUUAUAGAGCAAGUAAACAUAAGAACCAUUGCUGCAUCACCUCUAGAGUAUAAUGUGAAACUUGAAGAAGUGGAGUCCUUCUUUGAUAAAUAUGGCAAGGUGAAUAGUGUCAGGCUACCUCGCCAUAUUGCAGACAAGAAGGUCUUUUGUGGCAGUGCUCUGAUUGAGUUCUCAUCAGAGGAAGAUGCUGAAAAUGUUCUGAAACAAAGUUUGAUCUAUGCAGGCACCGAGUUAAAGCUAAAACCAAAGAAAGAUUUUGAUGCUGAAAGAGCAAAAAUGGUAGAUGAAUAUGAAAAUUCUCGUUCCUCUACAGGUUCCAAGUUUAAAAACAAUUCUAGUACAAGUGGGAACUAUCCUAAAGGCUUAAUUAUAGCGUUUAAACUCAAGAAAGUGUCAGGAGGGCAAGGUGAUAUUCUUAAGACAGCAGAUGACAAUGGAGAUGCCUGUAAGACAGGGGAGGAACUCGAUUCCAAGGAAAAUUCUGUUGAAGUGAGUGGACAAGAAGCCUCACGAAGUGAUAAAGAUGUUGAAGAAAAACCUUUGCAUGAUGUUGAAGCUGAGAGGGGAGAAGUUACUGCGAAAGUCGAUGAAGGGAGUGCAGAAAAGGAGUCUGGAGAGGCUGUCCAUGAGGCUGAGAAGAAACCUCCUGAAGAUGCAUCUCAAGAGUGCAAUGUGAAGGCAUCAGGUGGAGAAAUAACCAAAGCUACUAUGUACAAAGACAACAAUGAUGUUGUCUUGCGUGAAGAUCUUAAGGAUGUCUUUAACAGAUUUGGCACUGUCAAGUUUGUUGACUACAGAAUUGGAGAGGAAUCUGGAUAUAUACGUUUUGAAGCACCAGAAGCAGCUCAAAAAGCUCGUGCGGCAGCAGUGCUCGCUGAUGAAGGCGGGCUAAUUGUGAAGAAUUAUAUUGCUACCUUGGAAGCAGUUACUGGUGAGGCAGAGACGGAGUACUGGAACUUACUCCGUGGUAAUCAGGAGAGGCACAGGGAAAGUAAAUUCAAUAGAGGAAGGGGAGGAAAAAAUGGUAGGGGUGGGAGACAUUUUGGUGGAAAACAUGCUCGCUCCAGAGAAAAUGAUUCUGUCGGACGCCCAAAUAAAACCCAGAAGGUAGCAGUGGCUUGAGUGUCUUUAAGCUUUAUUAUGUUUGAAAUCCAUUGCUACAGAAAUGCUUUCAACAAUUGCAGAUCGAGUGGGUAAUCAUCUCACGUCCAUCAAUAUGUACUAGAAGGUAUACAGUUGCUAUUAUUAUUCAUUCCAUUUCUUAGUGUAAUGCGAUAACAUCUAUAUUUUAUUUUAUGGGAUCUCAAUUUUUCUUGCCCUUCA